ACACUACAUAUAAAUGAGUAAAACCAAAAAGGAAAAGUAGUUGCUAUCACUCGUUUCACUGUUUUACAUUUCUUGCUUGCUUUCACGUUCAACGAAACUCACAAAUUAGGGUUCCCCUUACCUCACUGAAGUCAAUGCAAUCAACCUCAAUAAUACUACUACUUCCAAUCAAUAAUCGUUAAUCACAGUUGGGGGUCCGGUUGAUCGGACAUCAAAUGCCGGAUGAGGACUUAAUUGAACUCAAAUUUCGGUUAUACGAUGGAUCAGAUAUUGGUCCUUUUCGUUACUCACCUGCUUCCACCAUUGCUAUGCUUAAACAAAGGAUUGUCGCCGACUGGCCCAAAGAUAAAAAAGUUUCUCCCAAGGCGGCAAAUGAUGUAAAAUUGAUAUAUGCUGGCAAAAUUUUAGAAAACAGCAGGACUGUUGGUCAAUGCAAGACGCCUUUCGGUGAGCUACCAAAUGGUGUAAUUACCUUGCAUGCUGUUGUACAACCAUCUUUAGCUAAAGCAAAGUCAGAAAAGAAGAUUGACAAGGCCCCAAAUCAAAGUAUCUGUUCGUGUUCCAUAUUGUGAGAUUGCAAGUGUAUGUAGUUUGAUCUUCUUGUAUCCUUUUGGGUUACCUGUGCUGUGAAGUUCAGUCUGGUGCCAUAAUAUGUAUGAUACAUCAUUAUUACAUGUUUGUUGAAAAGCAUUGUUAUGUAUUAUAGAAAGUUUGUCUCUUUACACUUGUAGUCACAGAUUUCUCAUAUAAAAAAAUCCAGAGGAAACUGGAGACACGCAGAAGGAUUUUUUGUCACCAUGUACUUGGAUCAUCUUGUCAAAAAGACGCAUAAUUGUUCAUUUUUUUUCCCCAAGUCAA